AUGAGGAUCAGCCACGUGUCUAAAGCAUCUCCACACGUGGCAAGUGGCAAAGGCGUGUCAGUUAUCUUUGUCAUUAUAAACCUUCAUCAUGAAACAUUCCUCACCGAGACACUUGAAGAAGUUACGUAUUCAAUCAUGGAUUCAAGAGCAGUUCAAACUCAUGGGCAAAAGUACGAUCAACAUCACCAUAAUUCUCACAAUGUUGGGUCACAAGGAGUGGCACAUGGAGAAGAACACAACCAGCAUGGCCAUGAGAAGAAGUCGGUUCUGAAGAAAGUCAAGCAAAAGGCUAAGAAAAUUAAGGACACGAUCACAAAGCAUGGUCAUCAUGAGCAUGAACAUGGCCCCGAGUAUCACUAUGAAGAUCAACAUAUCCCUGAUGAUCAUGACUUGGAUGAAGAAGAUGACGAAGAUUUAGAGCCAGAAGUCCAUGGAGCACCGACAGUUUACGACAGUGCACCUGUUAGAGGUGCAGCACCGGGGCAAGUCCAUACUAUAGGGAGAACUAGAGUUAAUUUUGGAAGUGCAACAGUUAUGGGAGGAGAACCUCAUCAGGAGCCAAGAGUAUUGGUUGUUUCUCCAACUACUGGUGUUAAGCAAAGCAGAGUCACUGACCAAACUAGGACAUUUGUUGAGGUAGAGAAACAAGUGCUUGCUAAGCUCAAUUUGGAGAGUCCAAUGCACUUGGAGGAAGAUCCUCACGCCCCACGACGGGCACCUCAAGCACAUGCUCCAGUAAAUUAUCAAACCAAAGUCACAGAUCCAACUGGAGCAGGUGGGUCAGAAAUUGACACUACCUCAGUUGAGAAAUCUUUCGCCAGGAUGACCGUUCUUUAUGAGCCUAAACCUUGCCAAGAACCAAACCUCUUUCCCUCUAUUCCUGAAACUCUCCACACUUCUGCUGGAAAACACUCUCAAUUUGCACCGGAGGUGUCUAGUGCAACUACUUACACAUGUACUCAAAGCUAUGGUCAAUACUUGCCAGAACUUUCUAGUGAAGUUAAAACCCAAUACCCCAGAAGCCAUGACCAGUUUACACCAGAGUUGUCCACACCAACCAAAACUCACUAUCCUGAAACCAAAAUCCAUGACCAAUACUUGCCAAAACAAUCCAGUGCAACAAAAACUCAUUACCAUUCAUCUGGAAGUCAUGAUCAGUUUACACCACCAGUGUUAUCUUCUGAACCUAAUAUUCAGCACCCUUCUACGAAAAUCCAUGACCAACACUUACCACAACAAUCCAGUGCUCCAAAAACACAAUACUCUUCAUCUAGAACCCAUGAUCAGUUUACACCACCAGUGUUAUCUUCUGAACCUAAUAUUCAGUACCCUUCUGCCAAAAUCCAUGACCAACACUUGCCACAACAAUCCAGUGCAGCAAAAUCUCAAUACCCUUCAUCUGGAACCCGUGAUCAGUUUACACCACCAGUGUUAUCUUCUGAACCUAAUAUUCAGUACCCUUCUGCCAAAAUCCAUGACCAACACUUGCCACAACAAUCCAGUGCAGCAAAAUCUCAAUACCCUUCAUCUGAAACCCAUGAUCAGUUUACACCACCAGUGUUAUCUUCUGAACCUAAUAUUCAGUACCCUUCUGCCAAAAUCCAUGACCAACACUUGGCACAACAAUCCAGUGCAGCAAAAUCUCAAUACCCUUCAUCUGAAAACCUUGAUCAGUUUACACCACCAUUGUUAACUACUGAACCUAAUAUUCAGUACCGUUCUUCCAAAAGCCAUGAUCAACACUUGCCUCAACAAUCUACUGCAGCAAAAUCUCAAUAUCCUUCAUCUGGAAGCCGUGAUCAGUUCGCAUCAGAUUUAUAUACUGAACCCAAAAUUCAGCACCCUUAUACCAAUUUAAAUGACCAACACUUGCCACAACAAUCUGAUGCAACAAAAUCUCAGUACCCUUCAACUGGAAGACAUGUUCAGUUUACACCAGAGUUAUCUACCGAACCUAAAAUUCAGUCCCCUUACACCAAAACCCAUGAUCAAAACUUGUCAUUGCCACAAAGUGCAACAAAAUUUCAAUACCCUUCAUCUGUUAGCCAUGACCAGUACCAUUCUACCAUGAUCCAUGACCGGCACUUGCCACAGCAAUCUAUUCCAAGUGCAAACAAUACUCAAUAUCCUUCAGCUGGAAGCCACGAUCAGUUUCUACCAGAAUUUUCAACUCAAACCAGAACCCCACAAGCAUACAACACCACACAUGUUGAGGAAUCCCAAUACAGACCAAUGGAGAAACCAUCCAAUGAGAGCAGUUACACAGAGAAAAUCUCAUCAGCAACCUCUUCAGUAGCUGAUACAGCAAUCAAUGCUAAAAAUGCCGUAGCUUCAAAGCUUGGAUAUGGUGACAGAAAUGAGACCGAGGCAACUCAAGCAAAAAGGCAAGAAGAUAACAUAAGCAAUGAAAACCCAUCAACAAUCUCUUUAGCUACCGCUGCAAUAGCUGAUAAAGCCGUCAGUGCCAAAAACACAGUAGCUUCCAAGCUUGGAUAUGAUGCGGACACCGAAACAACUCAAACAAAACAUCAUCAACAGAACACAAGCAAUGAAAAACCGUCAACAAUCUCAUCAGCAACCUCUGCAAUAGCUGAUAAAGCUGCCACCGCCAAAAAUACCGUAGCUUCAAAGCUCGGAUAUGGUCCUGAAACAACUCAUCAGGAACAAGAAAAACCAUCAGUAGUCUCUUCAGCAACCUCUGCAAUAGCUGAUAAAGCUGUCGCUGCCAAAAACACCGUAGCUUCAAAGCUCGGGUACGGUGCUGAAACAACUCAUCAGGAACAAGAAAAACCAUCAACGGUCUCUUCAGCAACAUCUGCAAUAGCUGAUAAAGCUGUCGCUGCCAAAAACACCGUAGCUUCAAAGCUCGGGUACGGUGCUGAAACAACUCAUCAGGAACAAGAAAAACCGUCAACGGUCUCUUCAGCAACAUCUGCAAUAGCUGAUAAAGCUGUCGCUGCCAAAAACACCGUAGCUUCAAAGCUCGGAUACGGUGCUGAAACAACUUAUCAGGAACAAGAAAAACCGUCAACAGUCACUUCAGCAACCUCUGCAAUAGCUGAUAAAGCUGUUGCUGCCAAAAACACCGUAGCUUCAAAGCUCGGAUAUGGUGCUGAAACAACUCAUCAUGAACAAGAAAAACCAUCAACGAUCUCUUCUGCAACCUCUGCAAUAGCUGACAAAGCUGUCUCAGCCAAAAACACCGUUGCUUCAAAGCUUGGGUAUGGUGAUGACACUGAUACAACACAAGCAAAGCAUCACGAAGAAGAAAAACCAUCAACAAUCUCUUUAGCAACUUCUGCAAUAGCCGAUAAAGCUGCCUCGGCCAAGAACACCGUAGCUUCAAAGCUCGGAUACGGUGCCAACACAGAAACAACACAAACAAAGCAUUACGAAGAAAACACAAGCAAUGAACAACCGUCAACCAUCUCUUUAGCAACCUCUGCAGUAGCUGAUAAAGCUAUCUCAGCUAAAAACACCGUUGCUUCCAAGCUUGGUUUCGGUGACACUACAACUACACAUGAAGAAGAGAAGGAAAGAGAGGACGCUUCUGCCCCUACUGAAUAUGGAAAGAGAGUUGCUCAGUCUCUGACUGAGAACCUAGGCCCAUUCCAUGGAAGUGGUGUGAAGUCUAACAUUUCAGGAACAGCAGGUGAAAGAAAUGCUAGUGUGGGUGUGGAACAAGACAAGGGUGUUUCUAUGAGGGCCUACUUGGUGGACAAGCUAAGGCCAAGUGCUGAAGACAGGGCUCUCUCUGAAGUGAUAUCAGAGACUUUGCAUAAGAAGGAGCCUGUGGAGGUUACUGGGGAAGAAGGAAACAAGGGAGUGAAAAAGGUCAUCUCUGAUGCAGUGCAUAAGAGAGAGGAUGAGCCUGAGCGAAGAGUGGACCAACAAAUACCAGUAUGGAAGGUAACAGAAUCAGAGGAAGUGAAAACAAGGUUAGGUGAUGAAGAUGAAAAGACUGAGAGAAGGUACCAAGAGAUGUAUGUGAAUAGUCCAGGGACAGGUGUGGUUGAUAAGCUCAAGGGAAUGGUUGGAUCAUGUGGAGAAUCAAUCCUCACAAGGUAA